UCUUGGGAACAGUCCCAAAUGUAUCUCACAUUUGCUUGAAUUUGUAUGCUGCACACAAACUGUAGCGAAUAGACCCCGCAUAAUAUAUCCAUUGCCUGCGAGCGAAUUUACAAUAGAGGGGGGGUUAUUUCUACAUCACGUUAGGAUCUCCGAGAUUGAACGAGAUCUAGAGGAUAUACAGACGAAAAAAUGCAUGCAUCAGAUUGAAACUAAUUCGUCUUUAAAAUGAGUGUUUAAUCUCUCGAUUUUACUUCUCAAGAUUCUGCCAAUAAGAAAAAUCGACAUCGUACUCAGCAUCCGAUGAUCGACUUAUCAAAAUGGUAGUUAACUCUUCGAUAAAUGACAGCUUCACAAAUGAGGCGCAAGAAACUCAGCUUAAAUGGCUAAAUGCUGUGCAGUACACGAUGUUCGCAACAAUCUUUGUGUUCAGCGUAAUUGGGAACACUCUGGUCUGUCUCGUCAUUGUACGAACUCCGCGCAUGCGCACCACACGUAACUUUCUACUGGUAAACCUUGCCGUGGCUGACCUGACAGUCGCAAUGCUUUGCAUUCCCUUUGAAGUAGUUUUGAAGUUGACCUACCCUCGCUGGCCCCUGGGACCGGUAAUGUGCAAGAUACUAUGGCCUACCAUGACGUCAGUGACCACGUGCUCCUCGGCUACCCUCGUCGCCAUCAGUUACGACAGGUUCCGAGCCGUUGUUCAUCCGUGGAAACCUCGUUUUACUUCAUUACAAACAGCCAUUAUUAUAGCUACCACGUGGUCUGUUUCCUAUGUGCUUGUCAUACCCUAUCUACUGGUUCUGUCAAUCAAGGAUAACUACUGUGGAGAAGUGUGGCCAGGUGAUGCAGCGAGGCAUGCUUAUACUUUGGGGUUGUUCGUCAUUCAGUUUGUUGUUCCUAUCUUCAUCAUCGCCUUUGCUUACACCAAGGUAGUAUUAAAGCUACGGGAUCAAGCUGCACGUUUUGCGGAGAGGAAGAAAGACCGAGACAUCGCCACCCCAGAAAUUACUCGAGCAGGUCCAUCAAGCAGCUUUCUGUCUGUUGACGUCAGCGAUGUGAACUCGCUUUCUGGAUCACCGCUGCCCAACAAGAAAUUUACGAUCAGGCUAAACCAACUUGUCUUGUCUCCCAAAAGUCCCAGAACUGGUCAAAGUAGUGCUAUUCAGCGGCUUGAACGGAACACAAAAAUAGUCAAGAUGCUGGUGACAGUGGUUCUCCUAUAUGUGAUUUGCAUGCUCCCAAAUCAAGUGGUGUGGCUGUGGAUCGAGUUUGGUUCUGGGCAGAACUCACCCUAUAUUAGAGUACUUCUAGGGCUAGGAAGCUCCAUGGUGUAUGUGAAUAGCUCAGUAAAUCCGAUUCUCUAUGCUGGAAUGAAUGACGAAUUUCGAAGAGGUUUCAUUGGCCUCCUGCGAUGCCGAUGUAAGCGUCCUAUGAACAAAUGACUUUGAAGGAAAUAAGCUCUUUAAGAGACGGUUAGAUCAACUUGUGCUACACUUGAACUGGUGAGAGUUCCUUGGUAAGGUUUCCCAUGCCAAGAAUACUUGGCCGGGUACAUUAGAAAAGUAUGACUUUUUUUCGUCUUAAGAAGAUUCCUUGUUCAAAAACUGACUUUUUAGGUGAUUAAUCAGAGAGAAAAUGUGAUGAGCUUAGAUUAAUCUAUAAAAUACUAACUUUGGAAAUUUAAAAAGGUUUCUAAGCAUUUGUUACCCCGUAAAGUUGUUCGUGUAAGGUUUUGCUAACAAGCUUCUUGUGCUGAUGCAUAUGGCGAACCACUCAUUUCUUCUUGAAAAGGGAUUUUGCCACGGAAUAAAGCUGCCAUCAUGAAUGCGGCUUUAUGGUUGUUCAAAGUUGUUCAACUCCAAAGACAAAACAACUUCGCCAGUAAUGAUUGUUUCGUUAAAACAAUAAACUAUAAACUUGA